AUGGGGAAGACAAAAAAUAAAUUGAAUAGUGGUAGCCAAAAUAGAAAAAUUAAAGAACAAAAGUUAUUAAAAUUAGUUGCUAAUGACAAGAAUCAAAAGAAAUUGUGUUUUGAUUCACCUGUACCAUCAGUUAGUAUUGCAUUUUGUAAUACAGAUCAGUGCUCACCUAAUUAUAAAAAUAUUGAUCACCAAGAGUUCUUAAAUUAUGAAAAUAAAAGGGAAGAAAAAUAA